UGUUUAGAUUCAUUAUUUGGGAAUAUGAUUAGCCACUGGACUUGUUCUUCAACAGUUUUUUAAAUCUUUGAAGAUCUGGAAUACUAAACAGAGUGUUAAUUGAAGACUAAGGAUAUUCGGAAAUUCUUUGGGGUUAUACCAAGUGGAAAGAAAUCUGCAAGUGAAACAAUAAAGAAGAAUGAGAAAACAAAGUCUGCUGAAGAAACUUCAAAAGCAAAGAAAGGAAUAAAGGAAAUCAAGGUAAAUAGUUCUUGUAAAGAUGAUGACUCUAAACAGAAGCAACCAAACAGGAAAAAGAGGAUCAUCUAUGAUUCAGAUUCUGAGUCAGAGGAGACAGUACAGGUGAAAAAUGCCAAAAAGCAACCAGAAAAAUUGCCAUUGUCUAAGCCUGGUAAAAUUCUGCGGCAGGAUCCUGUUACGUACAUUUCAGAAACAGAUGAAGAAGAUGACUUUAUGUGUAAGAAGGCAGCCUCUAAAUCAAAAGAGAAUGGAAGAUCUACAAAUAGUUAUCUUGGAGCAUCAAACAUGAAAAAGAAUGAAGAAAACACUAAGACCAAGAAUAAGCCUUUAUCGCCAAUAAAACUUACCCACACAUCAGUGCUUGAUUAUUUUGGAACUGCUAGUGUCCAAAGAUCAGAUAAGAAGAUGGUGGCAAGCAAAAGAAAAGAGCCUUCAAAAAAUGCAAAUGAUUCCAGAUUAAAUGAUGAAGCCAUUGCCAAACAAUUGCAACUUGAUGAAGAUGCAGAGCUGGAGAGACAACUGCAUGAAGAUGAAGAGUUUGCCAGAACGUUAGCCAUGUUGGAUGAAGACCCUAAGAACAAAAAGGCUUUAAAGGACCCAGAAGAGAGAGAAACGUUUUCAUCUGUCCACGGCAAUUUAAACAAAGCAGAAAAACAUAAAUGUCCUUAUAAAGUAAAAACAGAUCACUUCUUGGAUGAAAGAAAGAACUGCAGUCCUAAGAAGCAAAUUAAAUGUGAAAGUUCAAAAGAAUCUCAGCAACAUUCCAAGUCUUCAGCUCACAAAAGAGGAGAAACUUCUUCUCCUACAGCUAGUUCCAAGCUGACGCUUUUGAAAAAAAAGGAAGAGAGUUCUUCUAAAGAAACAGAGCCUGUGUCCUUGAAAAGAAAAGAAUAUGCCAUUGAAUUGAAAGGAGAGGCAAAAAGUCCUAAGAAAAUCAAAAGUUCUCCUGCUAAAAAAGAGUCCGUAAGUCCUGAAGAUUCUGAAAAGAGACGCACUAAUUAUCAAGCUUAUCGAAGUUACUUAAAUCGAGAAGGUCCCAAAGCUCUGGGCUCCAAAGAAAUACCAAAGGGAGCUGAAAAUUGCUUGGAAGGCCUUAUAUUUGUAAUCACAGGAGUGCUGGAGUCCAUUGAAAGAGAUGAGGCCAAGUCUCUAAUUGAACGUUAUGGAGGAAAAGUAACUGGGAACGUCAGCAAGAAAACAAACUACCUUGUCAUGGGCCGUGACAGCGGGCAGUCCAAGAGUGACAAGGCAGCAGCUUUGGGGACAAAAAUUAUCGAUGAGGAUGGCCUAUUGGAUCUGAUUCGAACUAUGCCAGGCAAGAAAUCUAAAUAUGAAAUAGCAGUUGAAGCUGAGAUGAAUAAAGAAAAGUCCAAAUUACAGAGAACACCCCAAAAAAACUACCAAGGAAAAAGAAAAAUUAGUCCAAAUAAGAAGGAAUCAGAAUCCAGAAAGAGCCAACGGACUCCCAAAAAGGACAGCCCUAUGACGUCAGUUAAAAAGGAAACCAGUGUGUUUCAGAGAGGCCUGGACUUCAAGGAGCAGGUGGCCGAGGAGACAAGUGGUGACAGCUGGGCUAGGAAUUUGGCUGAUGACAGCAGUGAAAAUAAGGUGGCAAAUUUGCUCUGGGUGGAUAAAUAUAAGCCAACCUCGCUCAAGACCAUAAUUGGACAGCAAGGUGACCAGAGCUGUGCCAACAAACUCCUACGCUGGCUCCAAAACUGGCACAAGAGUCCGUCCGAAGAUAGGAAACACGCAAAGUUUGGUAAAUUUGCCGGCAAAGAUGAUGGCUCUAGUUUUAAAGCGGCAUUGCUCUCAGGCCCUCCAGGUGUUGGCAAAACAACCACGGCCUCUCUGGUUUGUCAGGAAUUGGGAUUUAGCUACGUGGAGCUGAAUGCCAGUGAUACUCGGAGUAAGAACAGUUUAAAGGAUGUUGUUGCUGAGUCACUGAAUAACACCAGCAUCAAAGGCUUUUAUUCAAGUGGAGCAGCCCCUUCAGUAAGCAUGAAACACGCCCUCAUCAUGGAUGAAGUAGACGGCAUGGCAGGCAAUGAGGACAGGGGAGGAAUUCAGGAACUAAUUGGCCUGAUAAAACAUACAAAAAUUCCCAUUAUUUGUAUGUGCAAUGAUAGAAAUCAUCCUAAGAUUCGCUCUUUGGUUCAUUAUUGUUUUGAUCUUCGUUUUCAAAGACCUCGGGUUGAACAGAUUAAGGGUGCUAUGAUGUCAAUUGCAUUUAAAGAGGGUUUGAAGAUUCCCCCUCCAGCUAUGAAUGAAAUAAUUUUGGGAUCCAAUCAAGAUAUCAGACAGGUUUUACACAACCUGAGCAUGUGGUGUGCACGAAGCAAGGCACUAACCUAUGACCAGGCCAAGGCUGACUCUCAGAGAGCCAAAAAGGACAUCAAACUGGGCCCAUUUGAUGUUGCCCGGAAGGUGUUUGCAGCCGGAGAGGAGACUGCUCAUAUGUCGCUUGUGGACAAAUCCGAUCUCUUUUUUCAUGAUUAUUCAAUAGCGCCCCUCUUUGUCCAGGAGAACUACAUACACGUGAAGCCUGUAGCUGCGGGGGGGGACAUAAAAAAGCACUUGAUGCUUUUAAGCAGAGCAGCAGAUAGCAUAUGUGAUGGUGACCUCGUGGACCGGCAGAUCAGGAGUAAGCAAAACUGGAGUCUCCUGCCCACACAGGCCAUUUAUGCCAGCGUUCUUCCUGGAGAGUUAAUGAGGGGGUACAUGACUCAGUUUCCCACCUUCCCCAGCUGGUUGGGUAAGCACUCCUCUACAGGCAGACACGAUCGUCUUGUGCAGGAUCUAGCAUUGCACAUGAGUCUCAGAACUUACUCCAGCAAAAGGACUAUAAAUAUGGAUUAUCUAUCACAUAUAAGGGAUGCACUUGUACAGCCCUUGACCUCACAAGGGGUAGAAGGAGUACAGGACGUUGUUGCCCUUAUGGAUGCCUAUUAUUUGAUGAAAGAAGACUUUGAGAAUAUCAUGGAGAUGAGCAGCUGGGGAGGCAAGCCUAGUCCCUUCUCCAAGCUGGAUCCCAAGGUGAAGGCAGCCUUUACGAGAGCUUACAAUAAGGAAGCCCACCUGACUCCGUACUCGCUCCAGGCAGUGAAGGCCCCCAGGCACAGCACUGGCCCUGCGCUGGAUCCUGAGCACAGUGAGGAGUUCCAGGAGGAUGACUCUCAGUCUGAUGAGAAAGAGCAAGACGCUGUGGAAACGGAUGCUAUGAUCAAGAAAAAGACAAAAUCUUCAAAGCCUUCAAAAUCAGAAAAAGAUAAGGAGUCCAGAAAAGGAAAAGGAAAAGGAAAAGGUUCAAAGAAAUGAAGCUGUUUCUUACUACUGACGGUCACUUUUUACUCACCCUGUUGACCAGUCCAGCUGGUCUAGAGGAGGCCUUAUUUUUUCCAAAGGAACCAUAAUAGGGCGACUGAGUGGUCCCAUUAUCAGUAAAUGGUGGUACAGCUAGCAGGAUGCAACCGGUAGGCUGAUGUACACCUCUUAUAGAGGUUGAUAGGACUGUGUGGGUCCUCCACUGCCCCCUGUCCAUCUAAUUCGAUUGUGCUUCAAAAUGACUGUGUAUAAUCAGAAUUAGAAACUACACGUGGGCUUUGGAAUUAGAUUUUAUUUAACAAUAAUAUGCCUGACAACAGUGGUACUAAGGCAGCUUUUGUAAGCUUAACAAUUUAUUCUAAUGUCCUGAACAUUUUUUUAAAGAUAGUUACUAUUAUGUGGUGAAGUUUUGUAAAUAAAUCAUAAUACAAAAUAGUCACCACCUAGAACUGGGUAUUCUUUUUGUACAUUGUCAAGUAUGUUGCAGAAUGUAAAUUAGGAAUAAAAAUGUCCCAUAUGGUACAUGUAUAAAUUCUUAAGCCUAUCAUCUUGUAUAGUAAAAUACUAUGUUGGUAUAUGACUUUCCUUACUAAUUUGCAAAUGAUUGGAUAAAAGAAGUUAACUUUACUACUAA